GGGAGUGUGUAAUCUUUUCGACACUCCUGUGCCUGAAGGCAAAGCUCCAGGGAGCAAAGCCUGGUGGGUGGCUGCCUGUGGUUCAGUGUACGGGUGGAGGUGAGCACCUCCUGUGGGAACAAAGCCGUGUGGUAGCAGGACAGAAUGAGACUUGGGUUGUUUUCAGGAUAUGAACAUUUUCCAACUUAGGUUUUGAUUGAUUUUAAGGAGGCUGUGAGGGCUGCUGAAGAUGUCCGAUAGUCUGGAUAUUGAAGAGAAACCUCCAGCCCCACCGUUGAGAAUGAACAGCAACAACCGCGACUCUUCAGCACUGAACCACAGCUCCAAACCGCUUCCCAUGGCCCCUGAGGAGAAGAACAAGAAAGCCAGGCUGCGCUCCAUCUUCCCAGGAGGAGGGGAUAAAACCAACAAGAAGAAAGAGAAAGAACGUCCUGAGAUCUCUCUUCCUUCAGACUUUGAACAUACCAUUCAUGUGGGAUUUGAUGCCGUCACUGGAGAAUUCACAGGCAUUCCAGAGCAGUGGGCCAGGCUACUACAGACCUCCAACAUAACAAAACUGGAGCAGAAGAAGAACCCACAGGCUGUUCUAGAUGUUCUCAAAUUUUAUGAUUCCAAAGAAACAGUUAACAACCAGAAAUACAUGAGCUUUACGUCAGGAGAUAAAAGCGCCCAUGGAUACAUAGAAGCCCAUCCUUCGAGCACAAAAACAGCAUCAGAACCUCCUCUGGCUCCCUCCGUGUCUGAAGAAGAGGAUGAAGAUGAAGAAGAGGAAGAAGAUGACAACGAGCCUCCACCUGUUAUCGCACCACGGCCUGAACAUACAAAAUCAAUCUACACACGCUCUGUAAUUGAACCUGCCGCUGCACCAGCACCAGCUAAAGAAGCCACCACUCCCCAACCUGAAAACUCAAACACAAACACUCUGUACAGAAACACAGACCGGCAGCGAAAAAAAUCCAAGAUGACAGAUGAGGAGAUCCUAGAGAAACUGAGGAGCAUUGUGAGCGUGGGAGAUCCGAAGAAGAAAUACACUCGAUUUGAAAAAAUUGGCCAAGGGGCUUCAGGAACUGUUUAUACGGCCAUUGACAUCGCCACAGGGCAAGAGGUGGCCAUAAAGCAAAUGAAUCUCCAACAGCAGCCCAAAAAGGAACUAAUUAUCAAUGAAAUCCUGGUCAUGAGGGAAAAUAAGAAUCCCAAUAUUGUUAACUACUUAGACAGCUACCUUGUGGGUGACGAGCUGUGGGUGGUGAUGGAGUACUUGGCUGGAGGCUCUUUGACCGACGUUGUCACCGAGACGUGUAUGGAUGAAGGACAGAUAGCUGCUGUCUGUCGGGAGUGCCUGCAAGCCCUGGAUUUCCUUCAUUCCAACCAAGUGAUUCACAGAGACAUCAAAAGUGACAAUAUUCUUCUUGGGAUGGACGGAUCUGUCAAAUUGACUGAUUUUGGCUUCUGUGCUCAGAUCACUCCAGAGCAGAGUAAACGGAGCACAAUGGUGGGGACUCCUUACUGGAUGGCACCAGAAGUCGUAACAAGAAAAGCAUACGGCCCCAAGGUGGACAUCUGGUCACUUGGGAUCAUGGCAAUAGAAAUGGUGGAAGGAGAACCUCCCUACCUUAAUGAAAAUCCUCUCAGGGCACUGUAUCUGAUAGCCACAAACGGGACCCCGGAGCUGCAGAACCCUGAGCGACUGUCGGCUGUGUUUCGAGACUUCCUCAACUGCUGCCUGGAGAUGGACGUGGACAGGCGAGGGUCUGCCAAGGAGCUUCUGCAGCAUCCAUUUUUAAAAUUAGCCAAGCCCCUCUCCAGCCUCACCCCUCUGAUCAUUGCAGCGAAGGAAGCGAUUAAGAACAGCAGCCGCUAGCACUUCAGGUCGGCUUUCUACCCUGCCAGCUCGGAGCAGGACUGAGAACACAGACUCUGUAAAACCUCAACUCUCGUGCUGCGGGACAGAUGGAUGGAUGAACAAACCAACGGUCACAGUCAUGGUGGUAGGACCACCCCAGUUCCUCAAGGAGUAAAAAAAAUUAUCAUUUGUCUUC